AUGCCCGUCCAUGCCCGCGGGCACGGGAAUUCCCGAUCAACAACGACAGACAAUUGUAAAGAUUUGUGUCAGCCAGAAAUGGGACAAAAAUAUUCAAAGCAACUUAGCAUGAGUGACUUUCUUGCUUCAAAUAAUCCGUGUGGACAAACAAUUUUACAAUUAGUAGCAACAGGAAAUGCGAUUAUUAGUGAAUUGCUACGUUUAUCUGAUUAUGUACCACCGGUGUUCAAAGUAGCAAACGUAAAAGACGCCGGAAAAUAUGGUGAAAUUAUAUUUGAUUUUUCUUAUUUUCCAAAACAAGAAUAUUACGAUGACCUGAUAAACGGCAGACCUGAUUUACAAGAUACAGAUGAUGAAUUUCGUGAAAAUAAUCUAACGUUAUUAACACGUUUUUAUCAGGCAUUUGAAAGUGUCCACAAAUAUGGAAUUGAAUUUAACAGGUUAGUUCAGAUUGAGGGUUCUCAAAAGAACAUAUUACCGGUGGAUGAUUUUAUUAUUCUAAGAUAUGUUGAAGAUUUAAUGAAUGGCACUUAUCUUCAACAAACAGUCGAA